CAUUAUACGAUUAAAUCCGCGUCUGUUUUGCAGACUCAUGCUGACUACUCACAGGUGGUUAUGGCAGAGCUGGAACCGGAGCGAUACAGAAGUUUUGUUACUACGUUGUGCAUCAGACACAAAACUGCCGGCUGUGACAGAUUUUGCGGUGGAUUUUUAUUAUAUAAAGCCGUUGGCCAUGGAUACAGAAACGGAGUUGAUGGAUCAUCCAGAUGAGCUCAGUGAGAACUUCAAUGGCAAGGAUGAGCUCGGCGAUAUGACCUUCUACAUGUCGAACUAUGCCAAAGAAGUGCUCAAGAUGAUGUUUAUGAUGCGCUCUCACCACAUGCUAACGGACGUAACCCUCCAGGUGGAAAAGGAGACUUUCUAUGCGCACAAAAUCGUGCUGUCCGCUGCUAGUCCCUACUUCAAAGCGAUGUUCACUGGAGGCCUUAAAGAGUGCGAGAUGUCCCAAGUCCGGUUAAAAGGGGUGUGUCCAACAGCGAUGGGUCGAAUUCUGUUUUUUAUGUAUACAGGACACAUACGGGUAACCGAGGUGACGGUGUGCACCCUGUUGCCAGCUGCAACUAUGUUCCAGGUACCGAAUGUGAUAGACGCCUGCUGUGACUUUCUGGAGCGUCAACUUGAUCCUACAAAUGCGAUAGGUAUUGCCACUUUUGCGGAACAGCACGGAUGCCAGGCACUCAAACAGAAAGCCAACCAGUUCAUUGAACGCAACUUCACCAAGAUUUGCCAAGAGGAAGAGUUCCUACAGUUGUCAGCCAUUCAGCUCAUUUACUUGAUCAAAAAAGAUGAACUGAACGUGCAAGGCGAACGGGAUGUGUAUGAUGCGGUACUGAAUUGGGUCAAGUUUGAUGAGGACAAUCGCUUUCCGAAAAUGGAACAUAUUUUGUAUGCCGUUCGAUGUCAACUUCUCACACCAAAUUUUCUGAAAGAUCAGAUGAAAAACUGCGAUGUUUUGCGAAGGUCCCCAGCUUGUCGAGAAUAUCUAGCGAAAAUUUUCGAAGAUCUUACCUUGCAUAAGCGACCAGCAGUCAAGGAACGAAAGCCAAACACGACACGAAUGAUUUUCGUUGCCGGUGGUUACUUUAAACAUUCUCUGGACGUGUUAGAAGGCUACAACGUGGAUGACAAAGUGUGGAUCACACUGCCAAAGUUGACGGUGCCGCGAUCUGGACUAGGGGCUGCUUUCUUGAAAGGAACGUUCUACGCCGUGGGAGGAAGAAAUAAUGCACCCGGGUCUUCGUACGAUUCGGACUGGGUUGAUCGCUAUAACCCGGUGGCGGAGAGCUGGAGGCCGUGCGCACCAAUGUCGGUACCACGAAAUCGCGUCGGAGUAGCGGUAAUGGACGAGUUACUUUACGCCGUCGGAGGUUCAGCCGGUGUGGAGUAUCACAACACUGUAGAAUAUUACGACCCAGAACAUGAUCGGUGGACUUUGGUGAGACCAAUGCAUUCGAAACGGUUGGGCGUCGGUGUGGCGGUCGUUAAUCGAUUGCUCUAUGCUAUUGGCGGUUUCGACGGACAACUAAGGCUUUCAUCGGUAGAAUGCUACCACCCCGAGAACAAUGAGUGGACCAUACUUCCAUCUAUGAAAUAUGCACGCUCUGGGGCUGGUGUUGCCGCUUUGCAACAGUAUGUGUAUGUUGUGGGAGGGUUUGACGGAACCCGACAGUUAGAUUCGGUAGAAAGGUAUGACACGGAACUGCAUAUCUGGGAAAUGGUAGCGCCUAUACAAAUCGCUCGCAGUGCAUUGUCUUUGACUGUAUUGGAUGGCAAACUAUAUGCGAUGGGUGGGUAUGAUGGACAGAACUUUCUAGCAUUUGUGGAAGUUUAUGAUCCGGUAACCAAUAUGUGGGUAGAAGGCACACCACUUACCUCUGGUCGAAGUGGACACGCAUCGGCAGUAAUCUAUACGCCUUCCUGCAUUUCGAGCUAUAUGGAGAAUUUGAAUAUAUGUGAAGACUCUAAAGGAAGCGGCAACGAAAGAGGUGGAAACGGAGAUGGUCCAUCGAAUGACAAUCAGAAGGUAAACUUUGAAGCUUCCACAUCCAGGGGAACAAACUUUGGGAAUGGGAAUGGCUGUUAUACGAGCCAUUGCGUUGAAGAGGGCGAAAAUCUUCAUGCUGAUCAGCCAAGUGAACGAGAAAAUGCCAUGGAAACUGAUUCUAGUCAAAUUGAUUCGAGCGAAGACGAGCCAACGGAUGCAAUGCCUGACAACCAAGUGCCUCCAAUUGCAGUACCUGUCCCAUGCAGCAUCACUCGAAAGUUUUUCACUCAUAGGACUAAAAAACUUACAUUGACGGCUUCCAGUUCACCAGAAAAUGAUGAGUGUGGAGCAGCUCCGAACUGCAAGGCCAAAAGAAAAGCUUCUAGUGGGUGGAACGAAGACAACUGUCCUCUGAUCAGGCAAAUUACAUGCUUCGUAUCGUCCAUAGUGAAUCAAUCAAGUUCAAACAAUAGCCUUACUGGGAGCACUAGUAAUAGCAACAUUGCCAACGAAGCAAGAGCAGAUCCCGGUCAACAAUCACUUGCAGAGUGUGGCGAAGCCAAAACCAGUCGAGGCUCCCUAGACGUGCCGAUUACUAAACAGCAAACACAUGAAGACAUUGGAUAGUUAGGGUUAACUUGGAGUCACUCCAAUUUAACAUAUUCGAGACAACAGUUAACAUUACGAUCGAUUUAAUCACAAACAAAAACAGUUGAUUAUCAGCUGAGAACCUAACACGCUUAUGAAUGACUCCACUCAUGCAAAAUAGCAUCAACAAAUAUGCAGCUAAAUGUUGGUUGUAUUGUAUACCACUGUUGGCCAUAUCAUGGGAUUUUUAAUUGACCAAAUCCGAAACUGGAAACUAUUCAAUUUCAAUCUAUGAAAUCAUCAUAGAGUACAGAAAGCUGCAUUCCUAUUGUAAAAAAGUUAUGUACAUAGAGUUAGGUAUUUUCUUCGUUUGUUACUUAGUAACAUUUAGAGGGAAAGCGAAAAAUUACUUCAGCCGUCGACUUAAAUUAAUAUAACGUUAAGAUGAAGGGUUUUUAGUAAUAGAACCAAAUUUAUACCAUGUAUAAAUUUGGCGAAAUCGCUUCAGGCAUAGACGAAUGUAGUAAAUAAAAGAAAACUUGCGCCGAUAGAUGUUUAGGAGCGAUUUUACUCGAAAAACUGCAAAUAACGUGCUGAACAUAUUCGGUAUACUGAACAUGUCGAUCCCUUCGUGCAACCAACUGUAAGGGUACGUCAUGUUUUGUUAGGUUUUCCUAUUAUCGUAUGCAUCGACCAACUGACAAAAAUACAGAUUUUUAUACAAGAUAUGACAGUUUUAUUAACAAAUUGAUCACUGCAAAUUAAGGCCCAAGUGCUACCAUACCGGACACUAACUCCGUAGUUUACCCACAUAAAAAUAAGCUGUUGGCAAUCAAAAACAAAUUUCAAUCAAAAGUCUUUGAUAGUAACAAAACUCAUUUGCUAAGCAGUGCCUGAGUUAAAAAAAAAAUAUUUCAUUUUAAUUACGUUUGUACAAUUUGACAACAAGUUAAAUUAGACUCAAGUUAUAAAAUACAAAUAAGGUUUCAAAUAGGAACUCUGCUCAUAGAACAUACUUUACUCAAGUAUCUUAACCUCAAUGUAGCAAACACGACUUCAAUACCGGUAAACGAUACCAAGUAGAGAAAAAAAUAGUUUAGCAGAAAAGGAUUUAUCUUAUUCCAUUGGCAUUGACCAUCAAAUACAUGUCUAUGUUGCAUGUUCUUGUACGAAUGCAGACAAAGAUCAUGCCUGCUAAAUUAGGCUUUCGAACUGUUUUUUCAGCAAUGCAUUGCAAAAUAAACUACGACCGUCUCCUUUUUUCCCUCAAAUUUAAAA